UUGUUCUUCAAGCUGUUCUCAAGAGCUCCUCCUCUGAAUGGCGAUGAAUUCUGGAGGCAACAUGAAAAUGACUGCCGUGCGCUACCCGAAUCCAGCCUUGAACCAAAGAGCAGCACUCCCUCUAUUUACGGGGCCAACUUCACUUUCCCUGCUACUCUUGUCAGAGGUGCUGCCCCCAAUCUCGAGCAGCCCCAGCCAGACGAUAGAUUUUGAGAUUUGGUUUCAGAAGGAAUUGGAAAGGGAGAAGCAGCUUGAAGAGCGGUGUGAGGAAGAGUUCCAAACCUGGUUUCUUCAGGAGCUGUUGAAAGAGGAGAUGUUGAAAGAGCAGCUGUUGAAAGAGCAGAAUCUCUUGAAAGAGAUUAAGACUGGGAGCGAGAAUCCAGUCAACGAAAAGCCGAAGCCGUUCAAGUGCUUGUUUAAGAAUUGCGCUCAGUUGAUGGUGUGGCUCUUUCGCUUCACCGCAAUUCUUAAACAAGCACUUGAACGGCUUCAGCUUUUCGUCGACUGGAUUCUCGCUCCCACUCAGCUCAUGAAGAAACCAAGCUUGGAACUCCUCCUCACACCGCUCUUCAAGCUGCUUCUCCCUUUCCAAUUCCUUCUGAAACCAAGUCUCAAAAUCAUCGUUUGGCUGGGGCUGCUCGAGAUUGGGGGCAGCACCUCUGACUUUCACGAGGCUAUCAACUUUAUUGAUUAUGACUCCUCUUUCAGUGAGGAAAAAGGAAAGGGCAAAAGUGUUCAAGUCUCAUGCAAUCUUAACAAUGCAGCUUGUACUAUCUCAGUGCAUUGUAUGGCAAUUGCAAAGAACAUGGAGGAAAUGUGCUGGCAGGAUUCUAGUUUGAGUGCUGCAAACCAGGUAGAAGCGAAUUAUUUGGCUAUCAGAUGGUGUCUGCAGAAAGCUAAGGCCUUGGGGUGGAAAUCUUUUGUCUGCAACAUCAAUGAUGAAGAUGUCACAGCAACUCUGAACAGAAGACUUGUUAGCAAUUGUGUUCAUGUUAAUGUAAUGCAGGAGAUAUUUGCGCUAUGUAUUGAUUGUAAUGUU